UCCAAGGCUACCUAUUUCAUUACCUACGUUGGUACGCACUUACGCUAGGUACUACCUGUGCUGACGCCUGCUGCUGCUGACGGCGACGCCUCGCUGCCUCCUUGGGAUUGACUCGGUUUUGAUACUUGAGCAGGUCUGCUUCGUCGGCUUGGACGCCACCCACCAAACCACGGACGGCCCUGCAAGCUUUCGAUCCAGCCAGCGUCCAUCCAUCCGUCCAUCCAUCUCGUCCGUCCGUCAUGGCUGGCCACAACCAGCACUCCGCGACCGAGGCGACGCCACUACUGGCCGCGUCUCCCGUCGCCCCCGCCGCCGCCGUCGUCGAGGCCGGCACCUUUUCUCGCGACAACACGCUCGUCGGCGACGCCCUCUCCUCGUCUGAGCCCAGCAGCCGCGAGACACAUCAAGGCAGCGACGACGACGACGACGAUGAUGACGAAGACGACCACUCCGAUGCAGACAGCGAGCACGAGGAGCCCCCUCUGCGGCGGGGGCAGGUGAUGCUGCUGUGCUACGCGCGCAUGGUCGAGCCAAUCGCCUUCUUCAGCAUCUUCCCCUACAUCAACCAGAUGCUCGAGCGCAACGGCUCCCUCGCGCCCGCCGACGUCGGCUUCUACUCGGGCCUCAUCGAGUCCAUGUUCUCCCUCACCCAGAUGUGCGUCAUGAUGUUCUGGGGCCACGCCGCCGACCGCUUCGGCCGCAAGCCCAUCCUCGUCUUCAGCCUCGUCGCCGUCUCCGUCGCCACCGCCCUCUUUGGCCUCGCCCAGUCCAUCUGGCAGAUGGUCCUCUUCCGCUGCGUCGCCGGCGUCUUUGCCGGCACCAUCGUCACCAUCCGCGUCAUGAUCACAGAGCACAGCACCCAGGCCACCCAGGCCCGCACCUUUUCCUGGUUCGCCUUUGCUGGCAAUCUCGGCAUCCUCUUUGGCCCCUUGCUCGGCGGCGUGCUGGCCGAUCCCGCGGCGCAGUACCCGGCCGUCUUCGCGGGCGUCCCGUUCUUUGAGAAGUUCCCCUACGCGCUCUCGAGCUUCGUCGUGGGCCUCAUUGGCCUGUCCGCCGCCGUCACCAGCGCCCUCUUUGUCGAGGAGACGCUGCCUGCCGAGGUCCGCGCCGCGACUGCCGCCCACAACGCCAUUGUCGAGGACAGCGAACAACAACAGGACCCCAAUGGUAACAGCAACAAGCCUCCAGAGCAGCAGACCUGGCGCUCCCUCCUGCGCGAGCCGGGCGUCGGCGCCGCCUUCUACACCUACGGCCACGUCAUGAUCCUCGCCUUUGCCUACACGGCCAUCGUCCCCGUCUUCUGGUACACGCCGCCCGAGCUCGGCGGCUUCGGCUUCACCUACCUGCUCAUCUCGUCCUUCAUGGCCCUCAACGGCUUCUCCCAGGCGACCUGGCUGCUCCUCAUCUUCCCGCGCCUCCAGCGCCGCUUCGGCACCAACGGCGUCAUUCAGGGCUGCGCCGUCGCCUGGCCUUUUUUCUUUGCCCUCAUGCCCUUUCUCAACACCCUGCUCCGGAUCGGCACCCCGUUCGCGGACAACUUGUUCUGGACCAUCGCCGUGGUCGCCAUGCUCGUCGGCCCGGGAGUCGCCAUGGCCUUCACGGGGAUCCAGCUGCUGCUCAACGACGUCGCGCCCGACCCGCUCGCGCUCAGCACCCUCAACGCCAUGGCCCUCGCCCUGACCAGCGGCCUGCGCAGCUUCAGCCCCGCGCUCUUUACCAGCAUCUUUGCCUUCAGCGUGAAUAACCAGUGGCUGCUCGCGGGUCACUUCUCCUGGCUCGUCUUGCUCCUCAUCGCGCUGGGCUUGGCCGGGUACGUGCUGGUCGUGGGCUUGCCGGUCGGCGAGGGCCGGGCGCUCGGGGGUGCGGCGAGGGUGAAGAAGGCGAAGGAGGUAAAGGGGAAGACGGGCAGGAAGGGCAGGAGAAAGGUGGCCGUGGAGGAUGUUCAGGACAUUGGUGGUGCUGCAUCAACGUCGUCGUCGUCGUCGUCGUCGAGUGGUGGCGGGGGAGUGGUACGGGAAUGAGGGGAAAUUUAACUUUGCAUAAAUAUUGAAUAGAUACUUGGGGUAAAUAAAUACUUGGGAAAUUAGAGGCCCGGUCGCACAAUCGAGACUGGCUGGAAAGUGUAGUUUCCAGGGCUGCUGCUGCUGCUGCUGCUACAUAUCACUGUGCAAC